AAACGAUGGUUGGCUCAAGAACGAUAUUGGACUCACAUGUCUCUUCUUUUGGCUUUCCCCUACGUACAUUGCAAAGUAUCCAUUUGGAUUUUGGAACAUCAGUAGAACUUUGAGGUUGCAAACAGUUUCGCUUGCCGGAAGAAUUGCACUGAUUGCAGCAUACGAGGAACUCCAAAAGCCAUGGACUGUUUGAUGGUGCAGCCAAUAUGUACGGUUUUUCAAGUCUUGCCCAACAUUUUGAUCUCAUAAGGCCCCAUCUGAUGGUAGGGGUUGGAUGAAGUAGCUGACGUUCUUGCAGAGAUAUAUCCUCAUGGAUGUGACAGCCUGACAGAGAGUAAAUAUGGCUUUGGUGAGAAGUUUCUUGGGUGCAAAGAAGAUUCUGAGCCGCUCUGUAACAGCUACAACACCAAAAGGGUUUCUUGCAGUGUAUGUUGGUGAGGACCAGGUCCAGAAGAAGAGAUAUAUGGUGCCACUCUCAUACUUGAACCAGCCUUCAUUUCAUGCUCUUCUCAGUAAAUCAGAGGAAGUGUUUGGGUUCGACCAUCCGAUGGGCGGCUUAACGAUCCCUUGUCCUGAAGAUGCCUUCAUCUCUGUAACUUCUGCGCUACAGGGAAGAUGAUCCGAAAAGAAAAUAGAUCUAACAUUAUUUAGCUCGAGUUAGAGAUAUAAUUUAUUCAGUGUAAACAUAUCAACCUUUUUCCUCAAAGAAAAGAGUUGUUCAAGUAGUUACAGUACUCAAAUGUGAAAUGCCAUUUUUUGCGUGUGAGA